CAAAUGAAGUCAUUCAUAUUAAAAAGAGAAAAAGUGAAAAUUUUUUGUAGAAAUUUGUCCAAGUAAAAUAUUGAAUAUAAUCUGUGUGUGUACGCAUAUCAAUUGUGUUCUCGUGGCCGCGUGUUUGCUUUCGCUGUUGACGUCGACGUUUAUUUUGAAUGAAAAGUAAAAGAUAAAUAAGAAAGUAUAUAAGAAACGCAAGCAACGUAGAGCAAUUUAACAGCAAAAUGCUGGAGUCACCUAAAUUCAUUCAUAAUGACAACUAUCAAGGCAGCCGCGCCUUUACCUGGCUGGCAGAUAUGUGCGGAUUAUCUGUGGAUUUGAUUAACUUUUUAAUAUGUCAAAUUGGCGCACUCUUCCUAGCCUCAUUGUUCCGCUCCAUCCUGCAUCCUUCCAGGGUAUCUGCCCAUGUGCGCCACAUAUUCGCACUGACGGUUGGCUUGGCAUUUGGCUAUUUCUGCUUUGGCCCUCAAGCCGUACAUAUUGCCGGACUUCCAGCCGUUUGUUAUAUUGUCAUACGUACGCAGAGCCCGCGGGUGGUACAAAGAAAUGUUAUGCUUGUCGCCAUGACUUACCUACUGUGCAUCCACCUGAUUAGGCAAAUCUACGACUACGGCUCCUACUCGCUGGACAUCACCGGCCCACUAAUGAUAAUCACACAAAAAGUAACAAGUUUAGCAUUUAGCAUACACGAUGGCUUUGUGCGCCAGCAUAAGGAUCUUACAAAAGCACAACAAUACCAUGCCAUUUAUAAGCUUCCAUCGGCGCUCGAGUAUUUCUCGUACGUUUUGAACUUCCAAGGCCUAUUGGCCGGCCCAAUGGUAUUCUACAAAGACUACAUUGACUUUGUCGAAGGCUAUAAUCUACUCAAGCGACCAUCGACCAAUGGCAAUUUAGAUAAUGGCAAAUCAGAGCUGGUGCUGGAACCGUCGCCCACCAAGGCAGUCAUCAAGAAAGUCAUCGGCAGCAUGGUGUGUGCUUUCAUAUUUAUGAAAUUCGUCAAAAUGUAUCCCAUUAAGAAUAUGAAAGAGGACGGCUUUGUGGAGAGCACCUCGAUGGUGUAUAAGUUUUGGUAUGCCAUGAUGGCGACAUCGUGCAUACGCUUCAAGUAUUACCACGCGUGGCUGCUGGCCGAUGCCAUAUGCAAUAAUUCGGGUCUGGGUUUCACCGGCUACGACAAGGAUGGCAACUCGAAAUGGGAUUUAAUAUCAAACAUUAGCGUGCUUGGCUUUGAGUUUUCCGCAAAUAUGCGCGAUGCGAUAAAUAAUUGGAAUUGCGGUACGAAUCGCUGGUUGCGCACCAUCGUCUAUGAGCGUGUGCCGAAAAAGUAUGGCACGGCAUUGACGUUCGCACUGAGCGCCGUCUGGCACGGUUUCUAUCCCGGUUACUAUGUGACAUUUGCCACCGGUGCGAUGAUGGUCACCGCCGCGCGCUUGGCUCGUCGCAUGUUCCGCCAUCGCUUCCAGCGCACCCAGUUCACGCGUAUGUUCUAUGAUAUACUGACAUGUCUGACGACACGCCUAGUGAUGUGUUAUACAACAUUCCCAUUUGUUCUGCUUGAAUUCAUGGGCAGCAUUAGAUUGUACCUGAAACUUUAUUUGUGCCUUCACAUAGCCGCACUUAUUACCAUUUUUAUUUUACCGAAAUUCAUACGCGGAGAACAACGCGCAUCCCACCCACAAAAACAGCAACAACCAAGUGAUGAAAAACUCAAGUCCAACAACUCCAGCACCGCCUCAUUGCCGGCGUGCGACGAAGCUGUACAGGGCGUUAUUAGCGAUAUCACAGCAAAAAUACCUCAAGGCAAUAGAAAUGAUCUCAACGAAGACGAUGACGACGACGUCGAUGGUGACCUCAACAACGCGCCAGCGAACAAAACAAACAAAAAUUUGCCACAGCCACCGUCGCUGUUGCCGACUGUAGCGUGCGCACGCGAAGCUGUGAGUGUGAAGCACGAAGAGUGCGAAAUGGAUCAGUUGGGCAAUAAAAUUAAGGAGAAAAUCGGAACAGAGACAAAGAAUAUUGAAGAAUUCAUUGAUAAGACUGUAGCAGAGACGGUGAGUGGCAUCGUUGAAUUUAAAAAGGAUUUGAUGCGCAAUCGUGACUUCCCCACACUACCGCACAUAGCACAAGAUGGCCUACGCAAGCGUGCUGCCGCUGGUGGCGCCAGUGCAGCGGCGCCGGGUGGCGGUAGUGGCAACGAAACUAUUGACAAACUAGUGAAUGGCGUCGAAGAGAGUGGCGCGUUUUUGAAAAAAGAAAUCGAAGUGAUUAACGCUGUGGUGCAGCAGGCGAACGUCUUGCCGGCGGUGCUGAGCAAUGGACAUGCAAAAUAGUAAUAAAUGCCACAAGCAUUUAAAGGCAUGCCGAACUGGGUUGGGUGGUGCUGGCGUCGACUAGGAUGAGUGAGUAGGAUGAGAAGAAGGAGAAGGAUGAAAAUUUUACACAAAAACAAAAACAAAAGGGGGGAUUACAACGCAAGUCCAUGAAAGUUAUGGAUGGAGCUCAGAUUUGAAGCUUAGCAAAAUUUAGGUGAAAAACAUCAAAAGCAGCAAAGGAAACAAACAGCCACACAAAAACACGAACACACGAAGAUGCACCUUCCCACGCGCACACACACGCACAUACGCAUAUUGACACACAAAAAAAAUUUACAUAUUUAUACAAGGCAGAGAGACAACAACAAAAACACAAACAUACAUACAUAUAUGUGCAUAUUGUAUAUUUGUAUGUAAAGAACAACUGAUAGCGAAAAUUAUUAAAAUAUUUACUGGUUUACAAAAAGUUGCACUGGCUUAAAUGCGAGGUUUGGUCUUACUCAACAACAACAUUUGAAAAUUGAAAAUUGUCAUUACAUUUGCUUGUAUGCAAAUCUGUUAUGUUUUGCCUGAAUAGGCAGGUACAACCAUGUUUUCUGUGCUUUAAGCAAAGCCUGUCGUUAAAAUACAUUUUUAUAUAUUACAAAAAAAUUUUUUACUUAUUUGUUUCUUUCUGUCGCUUGAGUUCCUACACAAAUUCUUGUAAAAAUCUGCAUGUAAACGCUAACUUUCACAAAACAAAAAAAAAAAUUGAUUCAAAUAAAACUAAAGACAGCAAAACAUAGCUCGAA